CGCGUUGGUCACGCUGAAGCGCUACAUCGUGGUUGUGUUUCUGUAGCGCUACUGAAUUCGCUGCUGCUUGCACUGUACUUUUUUUAAAAUAAAAAUAAAAAUACGAUAACAUGGAUAAAGGCGUGGAAACCACCGGAGAUGUCGGUUUGGACAGCGCCAUCAAACAGUGGUUAGAGUUUGACAAGAACCCCAAGACUGCCAUGCUCGUCCGAGAGAUGGUGAAGGAGGGAGCCGUCGAGCAGCUGCGGAAGUGUUUUGCUGCUCGGAUGGAGUUCGGCACGGCAGGACUGAGAGCCGCCAUGGGACCUGGAGUGUCCCGCAUGAACGACCUGACCAUCAUCCAGACCACCCAGGGUCUCUGUCGGUAUCUGGAGCGCUGCUUUGCAGACCUGAAGGAGCGCGGUGUGGUGAUCGGCUUUGACGCGCGUCAGCACACCGCCAGCGGGGGCAGCAGUGAGCACUUUGCAGCCCUGGCAGCUGCUGUCUUUGUUGGCCGUGGCGUCCCUGUUCACUUGUUCUCUGUGUUCACCCCAACACCCUAUGUGCCCUUUACUGUCUCUCAUCUGGGCCUGUGUGCUGGUAUUAUGGUGACAGCUUCCCAUAACCCCAAACAGGACAAUGGAUACAAGGUGUACUGGGAGAAUGGGGCCCAGAUCAUUCCUCCCCAUGACAGGGGAAUUUCAGAGGCUAUAGAGGAGGACCUGCUGCCAUGGCCUGAGUCCUGGGACACAGACUCCGCCUCCCAGAGCCCCCUGCUCAAAGACCCUUACCAGGACAUCCACCGAGAAUACAUGCAGUCCAUACAACAGCAUUGUCUGCACAGGGAGGUAAACAAGCAUUCAGAGGUGAAGGUCGUCCACACCUCCGUCCACGGUGUGGGCCAUGUGUUUGUCCAGGCCGCGUUUAAAGCCUUUGACCUUCGACCCCCGUGCGCUGUUGAGGAGCAGAAAGAUCCAGACCCAGACUUCCCCACUGUGGAGUAUCCCAACCCUGAGGAGGGAGCAGGAGUGCUGAAUUUGUCCUUUGCACUUGCAGACAAAGAGGGAGCCUCUGUGGUUCUGGCCAAUGACCCUGAUGCGGACCGACUGGCUAUGGCUGAGAAACAACCAAGCGGAGAGUGGAAGGUGUUCUCUGGUAAUGAGCUCGGCGCUCUGCUCGGCUGGUGGCUCUUCCAGUGCUGGAAGCAGCGCCACCUACAGGGGGAGCCCAGCGCCUCUGUGAAGGACGUCUACAUGCUGGCCAGCACCGUCUCCUCCAAGAUCCUCCGCGCCAUCGCCCUCAAAGAGGGCUUCCACUUCGAGGAGACGCUGACUGGUUUUAAGUGGAUGGGGAACAGAGCGAAACAGCUCCUGGACCAGGGGAAGACCGUGCUGUUCGCCUUCGAGGAGGCCAUCGGCUACAUGUGCAGCCCGGCGGUGCUGGAUAAGGACGGCGUGAGCGCGGCUGCCAUCGCUGGGGAGAUGGUGUCCUAUCUGUCCUCCAGCAACUCUGUCUCUCAGCAGCUCAGCGCCAUCUACGACCAAUAUGGCUACCACAUCACCAAGAACUCCUACUUUAUCUGUCACGAGCAGGAGACCAUCAGACGUCUGUUUGAGCGUCUGCGGAACUAUAGCGGGGAGAACUCCUACCCUACAGAGUGCCAGGGUUUCCCCAUCACCGGCGUGCGAGACCUCACCACGGGCUAUGACAGCAGUCAAACCGAUCACAAGGCUAUCCUCCCCACCAGUAAGAGCAGUCAGAUGAUCACAUUUACUUUUGCCAAUGGGGGCGUGGCCACCCUGCGGACCAGCGGCACUGAGCCCAAGAUCAAGUACUACACAGAGCUGUGUGCUGCUCCAGGGGACAGUGAUGUGAACCAGUUAAAAGCUGAGCUGAAUAAACUAGUGGAUGCCAUUGUGGAGGACUUUUUCCAGCCCCAGAAGAACAACCUGACCCCUCAGCCAGAGUGAACCUGCAAAAACCCCCACGCUCAUCUCCAGUGAGAUCCAGGUAUCUGAUUUGGUUGGCCAAUACACUGGUGAACAGUACCAUCACCAUGGUGUCAUUACAUUCCACAUGGACUCAUAUCACCUAAUUGUGAUUUUUUGUUUUGUGCUUUUCAGUGUUAGAAUUCACUGUUGUGUAACCGAUUAUUGACUGCUACUGGUUAAAUGUCAGGAAUGAAAGGUUUCAUAUCUGAGUAGUUGUGUAUAGUUGGUUAGCAAUGAUGUGAUGGUGGUGUUAUUCAUGUGGUUUGACUGCUCCAAAUACUUUUCCUGUGUACUUUGCUUUUUUUAUAGGCUUCCAUUUAUAUGGUCCUAAUAAACAUCAAGUUGCAAUAA